AGCUUGGUGCUACACGCCAAGGUGUGGUUACUAUUUGUAAACAUUAGAUAACUUUAUAAACAUUUAGUCAUACAUUCUGAAAAUGUAAAUUCAAGUAACCACACCGGUAAAAUUAAAGUGCUCGAUUCUAAAAAUUGGAAAAUUAAUUUUAAAGAAAAAUAAGGAUUAGGCUAACAAAGGAAUUUUAAAAUGAAUGUAGGGAAGUUAUUCCCUAUUAAAGAGGGAAGGAAGAAUUAUCUGAUGAAUGUAUCCAGUAUGGUGGACGAGUCGUCGAGCCAGUUGAAAGUUGAUGUAGCGCGGGAAACUGUAUCGCUAUAUACCGCGGUUAUACUGAUGGCUAUUAUUAUUAUUGUUGGUUGUGUUGGUAAUGUAAUGGUCAUUUUGGCAGUUAAAACUAACAAGAAGUUACAAUCGGAAUCCAACAAGUUUGUUGUUAAUCUGAGUGUCUGUGAUUUAUUAUUUGUUACCAUGGUUUUACCGUUUAAUAUAUAUACAUAUAUAGAAGAUGAUUGGUUCCUUGAUCACAUUCUCUGUAAAUUUAUUGGUUUCUUAGGAUAUACACUCACUGGUACAACUAUCAUCACCAUUACAUUAAUAGCAUGGAACCGAUAUAAAUUGAUUUUGGAUCCAGCAGGAUAUAAAAGCAUAUUUGCACCAAGGAAUCUAAAGAUCAUGAUUGUUGUUGCCUGGGUGUUUCCGGUGAUAUGUCUACUUCCGGCGCUAACAGAAAUAUGGGGGAAAUUUGGUUACGUCGCCAUGUUGGUUACGUGUAAUUUAAUGUUAAAUCACGAGAGUCAAUCGUUUAAGUUGUUUUUGUUGAUUGUUCGAGCCGCUGUACCGUGCAUUCUAAUUGUUUAUUAUUAUAUGAUGAUUUACUACACAACCAGACAAAGUCAUCUUCGUAUGUCCAGGUCUAUCUCCAAGUCAGCUAUAGAGUAUAACAACCACAGAAAGGAAAUGCACCUCACGAGGAUGAUGAUCAUUAUCUUUCUGGUGUUCAUUCUGUCGUAUUUCCCUUGCACCGUCUCGAGUGUAAUAGACUGGAAUAGAGUUUUAUCGAAGAGAUUUCACAUGUUUUGUAUAAUAACUGUUUACGUUGGCAGUGCUCUCAACCCACUAAUAUACGGUCUAAUGAACUCGCAAUUCCGAUUGGCUUACUUCCGGUUGUUGUCUUGCUAUCAAAUCGGCACCACCGCGAAAUCUAAACAGGUUAAGAAAGACACUGUUCUGAAUGUCGGCACGCCUAUUGUUCGAAAGAAGAUCACGCUCACUCCAGCCGGAUUCAACGAUGACAUGAACCAGUGUUCCUCAUCCGACCUGUUGAAACGCAGUAACGUAAGCUUGCCGGAUCUCUAUAAAUUGAGCGUGUCUUACGAGGAUGAGGAACAGUCUACAACAACCAAGGAUGGGUCAGAAGUUUACGUUCGUUUGUUGGAAAAAUCCGAAAUAUAACAAAGUAAUCGUUUGUCGGAAUAAUCCGAAAUAUAACAAAAUAAUCGAAUUUUAUAAUACAUCGUAGGACUUGUUAAUACAGUCUAUAUAUCAAACAACAGGGUAAGAAUUAUAUAUAGAUUUAUAUAUAUUAAGAUGCUGUACAUUGAUUAAUGCUUUAUUUAUCCAAAGAUAAUCGUUAUUUAUUAGACAGUACGUGUACUGCUAAACUGUUAUAGUGAAUUAUUCUCUGUGAUUAAAAGGAAUCAAAAUGUGCAGAUACGUUUACUGUUUUAGGUACAUGUUAAAGCUUUCCGGACAAGCAAUUAAAUGACGAAAGGUACGUUGUGUUUGGCAGGAUAUACACUCUGUAAAUCGGGGGCUAAGUGAGAGGGGUGCAGUGACGAGCUUUGCGUCAUGGUUUUGAGUUUUUGCGCCCCCUUGAGUUUUUGAGCCACUCGCAAAUUGCAAAAGAUCACGCGGUUUCAAUGCGGUUUUCAAAAUUAUAAUCAUAAUGAUAAUGCCCAACCAAUGUCAAACAUAUACCGUGGGUCAGAUAUGCUACAAAUCGACUCUAGCAUGUUCCACACACCCCAAUAUUUCCCAGUGACACUGUGAGGGACUGCCACCCACCCCGUCCCCCGCACACACAUAUAAAUAUUGCUUUUUGGGGGGCCCGGAUGGGAUCUUGUUCCUCAUGAAAAAUCAUGGGUCACCACGCCCCUCCUGUACAUACCAAUGAAUUGUACAUAGUUAUUAAUUUUGUAGUACCUUUUUAAAACGCCAUUUCACAAGGGUCGUGUAGGUUAGCGCAAGUGUCGUGUUUUCAGUCAAGGAUUCAUACUUCUAGCCGAAUCGAGUGGAUUUUCUCCCCACUGCUAACGAUCCCUGUGUAAGAAAGGCUGUGGUCUAUAAAGUUGUAUGUAGUUAAUGAUUUUAUUUAUAAAAAAAAGAACACUGUAAAUGAAUUUUAUUUAUAAAAAGAUGAAUUUCUAAAUGGCUUGUACUAUAUUGUUUAAAUAAUAUAAUAAUCAUG